AUGAAAUCUUCUGGAGGGACUACGUGCGCGAAGGCGAUACAAAUUAUUGAAGAGAAAACAGGUCAGUCUCAUGCUUUAACUGUCGACCUUAAUGCAGGAGCGACGGCUGUCGAAGCGGAAGAAGUUAAAUUGAUAUGCAUGUUACCGCCGAUCGAAAAGAUGGACAAUUCUUUGAAUACCUUGACAGCAUGUCGGCAUCUUUCCCUUUCAACCAACUGUAUCGAAAAGAUGAUAAACUUGCCAAACUUAAAGAACCUGCAAAUCCUUUCCCUUGCCCGCAAUCAAAUCAAGCGAAUUAGUGGCCUGGAGGAAGUUGGUCAGACUUUACGCGAGCUCUGGCUGUCCUACAAUCAGAUUGAAAGACUUGACGGCCUGCAACCGUGUGUGAAACUAGAGGUUCUGUACAUGUCUAACAAUAGAGUGAAGGGUUGGGAAGAGGUAGAAAAGUUGGCCGCUCUCCCCACCAUUGUUAAUGUCCUCUUCAAGGGGAAUCCUUUUUAUGAGGCAGUGGUAAGGAAAGUUUUGGGUAGAAUAGUGCUGCACCACUUAGCCCGACGCAGAGUUGUUGGCAUUGGGCGCGACCUUACACUUUUCAUCGGUAGGGCCUGUGUCGCAGCGCUGGGACUGUUACUCCUCAGGAUGAUGUCCGCUCGCAAAUGCUCCGGCGGCUACCGAAGCUAG